AUGGCCGACAAGCUCCGCACGCUCCAGAACCUCGAGGCCUUGCAGGCGCGUUACGUCGGUACUGGCCACGCCGACACCACCAAGUACGAGUGGACGUCCAACAUCAUCCGGGACAGUUACGCCUCGUACAUCGGCCAUCCGCCUCUGCUGUCAUACAUGGCUGUGGGGAUGGGCGAUUCGAAGGAGAAAGUCCGUGCCAUGAUGAUUGAGAAGAUGGUCAGAGGUGCAGGGAAUCCGCCGGAGACGCAAGAAUAA